CUGGUGGAAAUGUUGGAUAUGUCCAUCCCGGCGGUGGCAAAACUGAGGCGCUUGUUGGACAACCUACCCAGAGAAGCUCUACCAGAUAUUGUCACCUCGAUCAUCCGUACCAGCAACCAGGAGAAGCUUCAGAUCCUGGAUGCUGUGGGUUUAGAAGCACGAUUCAAAAUGACCAUACCUUUGCUCGUGAGGCAGAUUGAAGGUUUGAAGCUUCUGCAGAAGACCAGAAAACAUAAGCAGGAUGAUGAGAAACGGGUAUUAUUAUUUUUUUUGUAAUAAAACGAUUUAUUUCAAGGUGUAGAAAUAGUCCUGUGUGGGUGUAAUUUAUUUGGCAGAAGAGAAGUAUUAGCAACAGGACUGAUUUAGCAAUGGCAAAAAGCAAUAAGGAGGGGAACUAAAUUGUCGCUGUAACUCAGCAGUAAAAUACACAUUGUCCUUGCAAAUUCAGUUCAGCCUUCUCAUCUCCAGACAAGGCCAGCCAGGUGGUUGAAACGGGAGAACUGCAAACAGGUAACAGAGACAUGAUUGUGCUAGAUACUUAAUGGUUCUGAAUUAAUAUAGAAAUGUGUUUCCCACUUUUAAUAUAGGACAUGGGGUUUAGUAUUCCCGUAUUUCUUGUUGUGCAGCAACCUUUCAGAAAACUCUGAGCUCAUUUGAUCCUACUUAGGCCAUACCUGGAAUGUUGCAUCAGGUUUUGCUCAAAAGAUGUCAACACUUGGAGAAAAAGUCCAGAGAAGAGAAAACUAAGAUGAUCAAUGGCCUGGAGACUAAAACACAUGAAGAACGGUUGCAGG